AUGGCGAAACAUGUAAAUCUGGCGGUCGAUGGUUUUAAGAUCAGCGAUUUGAUAAACGCAGAUGGAAUUACAUUCGAAGUUGGAGAACAAUUUGAUAAUGAGGACGAGGAAGAGUUCGCAUAUUCUCCACAUGUACAAUUUAGCAAUGAAGAGAUGUUAAAUAUGUUAAACAUGUACGAUUCUGAUCAUGAAGAUAAUGAAGAUGAGAAAGAAACUGUAGCUCUCUGUGGUAUGAGCUUUUCAAAGCUGAAAUUGAAAAUGACGGACUUAACCUCAGAUCAAAAGGUCAUGAAACUUGUUAAGCAGAAAGGAGUUGGAGAUGUUGUACCAGACAAUGCUCUUGCUACCAUUCACUACAUUGGCUAUUUUGAGUAUAGAGAUGAGCCUUUUGAUUCUACUUACUCUUCUGGAAAACCAAGAUCAUUGCGUCUAGGCAAAGAUUGCAUUUUACCUGGUCUUGAAAUUGGUAUACGUUCUAUGCAAAAACAUGAAAUAGCAGUAUUUCUGAUUCAUCCCGAUCUUGCUUUCAAAUCUCUUGGUUGCAUGCCACGUAUUCCACCCAAUGAGGAAGUGGUAUUUGUUGUUCAUUUGCUUCAUUAUAUUGACGAUGGCCAUGCAGCAACAUAUCAAGAUCUCACACCAGAAGAGAGACACAUAUUUAGUCAUAUAGUGAAGCCUGUGAUGCAUAUGCUUGUGACGGCCAAAGAUUAUACUGAAAAGCUUAAUUACAAACAAGCGAUACGAGAAUACAGAAAAAUCAUUGAUCGUUUGGAGACAGUCAAAUUAAAUGAUGAAUCGGAGGAGGAAGAAAUGAAUCGACUACUCUCACGAGCCUACACUAACCUUGGAAUUUGUUAUAACAAAGAAAACCACCCUACUAAAGCUUGCUUCUUUCUAAGACAAGUGCCAAAUCCAACAGCUAAAAGCCAUUAUCAUUUUGGAAAAGCUUUGCUAAAUAUUGGAGAAUACAAUGAGGCAAUGAAGGAGUUGCAGAAAGGUUAUACAUUAGAGCCACAAAAUGAAGCCAUUAAAAAAGAAAUUCAGAUAACAAAUGUGAAACAGCGCGAGUAUAGGGAAAUAGAGAAACGCUUGUGGAAAAAUUGUUUUAAAUCCAAGGAGGAACAAAACAAAAUUACUGAAUUUCGAAAAGCUGCCCGUGAUUUGUGUGAAAAUCUUAUUCGAAGUAAUGAUAUAACAAGACAAUCUCUUUCGGAAGGUUUCACGAAAGAAGAGCACGAAAUUAUACGUGAGGAAGCUGCCAUAUUAGGGUUAAGCGUGGUCACAUCUGUUAGAUAUGGCAAGGAAACUGUAUACCUUCAAAAGAGCAAAUCAUAAAAUUCCAUUGUUUAAUUCAAGAUCAAUUAUUUCGAUUUUGUAAACGUAAACGAUCACCUAGAAUUAUUUUUACACUUUAGGUAACUCCAGUCUUCUUAAGUCUUCCAGUCCUAUGAGGCAAGUGCUCAGUUCCCAUUUAAUUUUUCUUUUUUGCAUAGAUGUGACAUAAAAGUUGACUUUAAAACUGUCUGACUUUUCAAUUGCACUCUUUCGAAAUAUAUUUGUAUGACUGCUUUUUCUUA